UUUAUCCAAAAAUUUCAAGGAUUUAAUUAAACAGUUAUACUAGUUAGUACUUGGAAAAAGGAGCAAUAGUUUUAGAAUAUAAUUCGGCUAGUAAUUUUCACUUAAUUGAUUACAUAACAGGUUAACGAAGACCUAUGAGUACCGACAAAUAAACGGCACAUAAAAUUAAUGAUGGCCAUUGUAGCGGUAGGGAGUUAGAGCGACAUUGGCGUGGCCCGAAGCCGUGUUAUCGUAACUACGUCAUUUACAUGCAGGGUGGCGAUAACUUAGCGUGGGCGAAUGCCGUCUCCAACUGACUCGCUCGUAUUUACUCUAAUGUGAUACUUCUAUUAAAUUGUACGCUGCUCCUUGCGAAUAGCUCUCUAAUCCUACCUAAUUGUACCCGAUUGCAAAGUAAACAUUAAGUUACGUUAAAACCGAGUUUCAGAAUGCUUUAUUUUUCAUGAAAGUUUCAUCGAUAAAGUCAUAAUUGUUGUCGAAGUGAAGUGGUUGAAGUGUGAGGCUCGCAGUCCAGUGCUAAUAUCGCGUUAUCUAAUGAUGAUUGGUGUGUAACAUCGGCGCGGUGCGUCGUUAUGUAGGCGGCGAAGUGGCAGCACGUGAAUGGACGGGCGCAGGAUCGAUAGAGCUGAGUGCGCAGGCUCGCUCCGCCGGUACACAGCUGGCGGCUUCGCACCCGCUACCGACUCGCUCAACCUGUGCCUCAGUGUCCACACUGAGGGGGCUAAGUGUAUCAGCUGUAUCUCGAACAUGUUCCAGUGUUAUCGGCGGCUCUAAACGAUGUAAUGUGCCGCCUGUCCAUACGACAGGCUUUUUGGGCGCUGGCGCUGCUCUGCACGCUGGCGCCCUCGCAUGCCGAUGGAAACAUAGGUUGCUUAUUCAGUGCAUCAUUAUGCGUGGAGGGUGCGGAAUGGUGCUAUGACGAUUUCGCCUUCGGUAAAUGUAUACCGGUGUACGAGAAGGAAGUCGAAGAGGGAUCGCUUUAUCAGUAUGACAUGAGUUCGGAGCAGCUGCAAUGGUUCGAGGGCGAGCUGCAGCGCCUGGCUUCGCGCGGCUACCGCUGGGAGCAUGCAUACACGCAGUGCGUGCUGCAGGCCAUGCUCUACACCUUGCGACAGGAACUCGAUCCAGCCACUGUCAAUACAAAAAUAUGCGACCAUUUCGCUGAUCCCAAACUAAGUUCUGACACCAAUGAUAACCCCGAAGAAAAUGCUGAAGAAAUUGACCCUGACGAGACUGCGUAUGUACGCUUCACGCCUAAUUCAGCGAUAUCAGACUCAAACUUCGCAAAUGAAGUUUACAAUCCGCCAUUGACCCCCGAUGAUGACCCAACUCCAUACAUAUCUCAAGUAGAUGACGACCAAACCGAAGACGAAACAGCGAGUGACAAAUUACGUGAUCUCAUGAUAAUGGGUGGUGGUGAGGAAUCCCCUAUUAUUCUGCCGUUUUCUGGAUUCAGAGAGCGAAUUUUAGCUGAAAAGCAGACAAAAGCCAUUGACAAUGUAAACCCUGUGCCUAGGGUAAUGAUCGAUAAAACGAAAAAAUCUUUCGAAAACGAACCCAACAUGGCGUACGCUGAUGAAGAACGAGUCGGAGCCCAUUUCCGCAAGUACAAGACUAAAGCGCCACCUUUUACUGCUGAAUUUAUCACGAGCAACCGAUUUUCUCCUCUAGACGAAGAGAUCCGUUCCAACGCUCGGAAGAAUUAUAAACAAAGUUUUACUGAAAAACAUUUCCCCUUCGAAUACGAGAAUCCAGGAGACAUACCGGAACCGAGAGUCUACAUUGAUGAAGACGGAAUCGAUGAAAUCCCCAUUGAUGCAGGUAGUGGCGAACUAGACCCUUAUCAUAUCAAAGAAAAUUCGCCACCAUUGGACGCUGAACAUACAAAACAAAUGCAACAAUAUUUUAUGAAUUACUGGCGUGAUGUGUUUGAUUCUAAACAAAAGCCAGAUGGAGCCGUUUAUGCGGAGGGAGGGCCGCUUCGAGCGGAGGAGUUACAAGGUGAAAGUCCAAAAUUUUAUCCCGAGGAUAUUCAAGAUUUGCUUGAUAACGAAUGGGGCUUUAAGCGUAGGGAAAGAGACGAUGUUAAAAAGCCUGGGCCACGCCUGGACGCAAAAACAUUAAAGAUUUUAUACCACAAUAAAUCAGUGACAGCUCAUGGAGUACAGCCUGCUGAAAAAGAAGAAAAGCCUGGGGACCAUGAUCAUAACGACUUUGAUUACGACCCUUCAUACGCUUUUGUUUUAUUCAAGAAUAGGUUCCUAACUGACUGGGAGAAAGGCAUCUCAUUUAUUUCAAGACUAGAAGAAAUGCUUGGUUUAGAGAAAAACACUUUUACAAAUCCUCGGGUUGACACUAGUGAAGUGACGUUUAAAGUUGAGAAAAAUAAUAAAGGGUAUGAUGCUGAGGACGUAGCGCGCAACGUUGAUGUAAUUAAAGAAGAUUUACGUCGUGAGACUGGCGCUCAGAUACUUGCAACUGGUGUAGGAGACCGAAGCAAACGUCCCGUGAGCCACCACAUAGAUGCACCAGAACCUAUCCUAGGCUUGGACAUGCCAGUGCUGUCAGCUCUGAUUGGAAGCCUGCUGGUGCUAAUAGUAGGAGCCGUAGUCUUUGCUGUGCUAUUAAAACGUGACAUGAGUGCUAAGAGGAAGAUGAACGGAUUGUCAUCCGCAGCAGAGAUUGAUGCUGAAGCUACGCGGGAUUAUCAGGAAUUAUGCCGUGCUCGUAUGUCGGGCAAGUGGACAGGUCAGCAGGCGGCAGCCGCUCCUCCGCACUCUACGGAGCCACCGCAGCGAAUCACCUCGCUCUCCAAGGAACCUGAGGGCAAUUCACCCUCCACUCGGUCCAGCACCUCGUCUUGGAGCGAAGAACCGGCGCUUACCAACAUGGACAUCUCUACAGGACACAUUGUGCUAGCUUAUAUGGAGGACCACCUGCGUAAUAAGGAUCGUCUCGAGCAAGAAUGGCGAGCCCUGUGUGCUUACGAAGCAGAACCCUGUGCUACCACUGCUGCCCUGAAACCAGAGAACACUGGCAAGAACCGUUACGCUGAUGUACUGCCCUACGACCAUUCCAGGGUUACUUUGAACACGCUCUCGAACCACCUCGGCUCCGAUUACAUCAAUGCUUCUACUAUUACGGAUCACGAUCCUCGCAACCCGGCGUAUAUCGCAGCAGCUGGUCCGAUGGCCCACACGGCUCCUGACUUCUGGCAGAUGGUGUGGGAGCAAGGCAGCGUCGUCAUGGUCAUGCUCACACGACUCACUGAGAACGGACAACAACUCUGCCACCGCUACUGGCCUGAAGAAGGAUCUGAGCUUUACCAUAUUUAUGAGGUGCACCUGGUGAGCGAACACAUAUGGUGUGAUGAUUACCUGGUACGAAGCUUUUAUUUGAAGAACCAGCGCACCGGCGAAACCCGCACUGUCACACAGUUCCACUUCCUCUCCUGGCCUGAGAACGGCGUCCCAUCAUCUACUAAGGCUCUUUUGGAAUUCAGGAGAAAGGUAAACAAGUCGUACAGAGGAAGAUCCUGCCCAAUCGUGGUCCACUGCAGUGACGGCGCGGGACGUUCAGGCACAUACUGCCUCAUCGACAUGGUACUCAACCGCAUGGCUAAAGGCGCCAAGGAGAUCGACAUCGCGGCCACACUGGAACACAUCCGCGACCAGCGCACGCGCACUGUCGCUACCAAGCAGCAGUUCGAGUUCGUACUGAUGGCCGUCGCUGAGGAGGUCCACGCAAUCCUAAAGGCUUUACCGGCGCAUCUACAGCAGUUGCAAGAGAAAAAAGACAAGGAAAAGGAAAAAGACAAAGAUGGCAGUGACAAAGAAAAGGAGAAGCCUAACUAACCUACGCACCCGACACGAACAUACGAACACGUUACGUUACUUAUUUAACAAUAUUAUUAAGUAUUUACUAUCAUUGUGGAAUUGAUGUAUUUCUGUCAACUCCAAGUUGAAAAUUUCGCUAGGCAAAACGAAAUUUUGAACUAGGUUACAUUUAUUAGUGUCAUUAAAGUCUUCAUUCAGAU